GAUAGUUAAAAUGGAAGAGGCCGUUAAUUUGGAAGAUGAUCAAAUCAGUAUCACGUCGGGUGGGGUAUUCAGUGAUGUUGCCAGCGUUGUUACUGAAUCUUCAGCACCAACGAAUCCUAAACUUGAUGAAAUGUCUCAACGAGCGGCCGCCAUGUUGUCGAAAAUUGGAAACAAACAGAAAAGAUCUGAAGAAUUCCGUAAAUUCAAAGCAGCUCAAAGGAAAGAAAAAAUCAAACAACGGAAGAAAAGGCAGCAAGAACAGAAAGAAUUAGGGGAGGACGCACCGCCAAAAAUGUUGUCGAAAACUAUUGAAAAUAUGAGAGUGAAAGAUGAGACUAUGGUCAGCCCCCUAGACCAAGAAGUUCUAUUCGAUGAAUCAAUUGAUGAAAUGGCUUCAUAUUUCAACCGAGAGAAGACACCCAAAGUCUUGAUCACAACGUCGGAACGGCCUCGAUAUCGUGUCAUGAAAUUUAUCCGAGAGGUUCAGCAGUUCAUUCCAAAUUCUCACAUUUAUUACAGGAAGAGACUAGCUCUGAAGAAAAUCAUUCCGCAAUGCAUUGCUAAAGAUUUCACAGAUUUAAUCGUCGUUAAUGAGGACAGGAAAAGUCCAAACGGACUAGUCUUAUGUCACCUUCCUGACGGACCGACGGCUCAUUUCAAAGUUUCGAACGUAAAAUUGCGGGAUGAGAUUCGACGAAGUGAUGCGCCGUCGUCACACAAACCUGAAAUUAUUCUAAACAACUUCGGAACUCGUUUGGGACAUCGUGUGGGUCGUAUGUUUGCUGCAUUAUUUCCUCAUGACCCUGAGUUUAAAGGUCGUAGGGUCGUGACCUUCCACAAUCAAAGAGACUAUGUAUUUGUACGGCAACAUCGUUACAUUUUCCGGAACGAAAAGCGAGUCGGCCUUCAGGAGCUCGGGCCUCGUUUUACAUUGAAAUUACGUUCUCUGCAAGUUGGGACUUUUGAUUCUAAAUUUGGCGAAUACGAAUGGAUUCAUAAACGCAAGGAGAUGGACACCAGCAGAAGAAAAUUCCAUUUGUAGAGAAUUUUUUUCACUUUCAAAUGAUUAUUUGAAAUCCAAGAUAUAAUAAUAAAAAAUAAGCAAAGAAUUCCUAAAAUUUGGUCUUAUGAGAAAUGUGUUCUAGUGUGUCAAAUUGCAUUUUCCAGCGACUAGUUUAUUUUAGGUAUUAUCCCUUAUUUUAUUUAGGUAUUUUCAGCCGCUGGGCUGUAUGUAUCUCCAACGAAUACUCAUAUCUAGUUCUCGUACUUUUUUUGGGGGAACUUAUAAACAAUAGGUCGAUCGCAAAAUAUUAUGAAGAUUUCAGUCAAUCUCAGCUUUCCUACUAUACGGCCCGUGUUAAACUUCGACUAUUUUUAUUCAUUGUCAUAACGAAGUGUCUGUAUAGGCCUUAAUUGCUUAUUUCCUGUUGUUUGUGUUCUGAGGCCGUGGAGUUUUGCAUGUUUCCAAUGAAGUUAGAGUCGAAAUUUUUCAACCAAGAUAGUUGGGAGCUGAGGCUUAUUAUCAUAGACUGCUGUUUUCUAUGCUGUGAUCAUCUCCAUUUGAGAUAUAUUGCUCAAUAAAUAUUGAAAUAAAAUUUGGCAGCAUG